UCCUUCCAUUCCUCCCUCGUCUCGUCGUCUGCUUUGACGCAGCCUCUCUCUUCACUCCCUCCGGUCUCUACCCUCACCAGCUCGCCCGAGCACAGUCACUCUUUGCGUCGAAGACCCACAUAGACGAUCCUGAAGACAGAUCAACAUGUUCAAGUUCAUCGCUCUCACUCUCACCGCCGUCGCUGCCGUCCGCGGCAUCGUCAUUCCUGCCACUCACAUCUCCCGUCGCGACUUGGCCACGUACGACUCUUCGGCGCUUGAGUCGUACUCGACCUACAGCACUCGUUACCAGGAGCUCGGCUGCUCUAGCCAGCACGAUACGCAGUUUUUCACCGACUGCUGCCACCCGUUGUUGAAGGACCAGACCCUGGCCGACCGCCCCUCGUACUGCACCCCGACGAACUCCUCGACCUCUGCUACUCCCACUGCCUCUGCAGAUCCUGAAAAUACUACAACCUCCAUCCCGCUAUCGGUGAAUGCCGCCGCCCCUCCGCCGGGCUCCGGUUCCAGCCCGACCACCCCCGCGGCGUCUGCUCCUUCGCCUACCAACACGGGCACUGCCACUUGGUUCACCCAGGACAACAACCCCGGCGCUUGCGGCAUUGUUCACCAGGAUUCCGACGAGGUUGUUGCCCUCGCCUCUGCUAUCUAUGAUGGCAAGUAUUGUGGCAUGAAGGUCUUGCUCACGAACCUUGCAACUGGCGCCACCACUCAGGCCACAGUUGCAGAUGAGUGUCCCGGUUGCCGGUCUAUGUAUUCUCUCGACCUUUCGCAGGGUGCUUUCAACGCUUUGAGUGGUAACAACCUCGGCAUGGGCGUAUUCCCCCUUGGUUGGUCAUUCGUCCCCAAUCAGAGUUAGAUAUCUCUCCUCUCCUGUCUGCUAUUCAUCUUCCGCUCUGCUUAUUAUGCGUAGGGCGAGUCCCUAUUCUGGUAUUUGGCCAGCCGGACGGGACGCAGCGGGGUGUUUACGAGAUUUACGACCCUGGUGGCGUAGCAUCGUACUGCAAUGUCCGCUCUGCGCCCUGUUGAUGCUGUCCUAUCUAAUAUUCUCUUCUGUGAAUGCGUGGCGCAUCGUGCGCGUGUUAUGUCUUCCGUUUGUUGUCAGUAGGCUAGCUCUUUCUUUCAAUCAAAUGGACUGUAGGUCUUGUCAAGAUACUGGCGG